GUACUGCACUCAGACCGUAACACCUUGCUUCACUUGUAAAACACAAGGGCACUUUGCAAAGGUUUCGCGUUAUUUCAACACUGUUUACUGUUUUAAUUUAUUGCUUAACACUCGUUCGGCUAUUGUUCUCCACCGUGAAUUAGAAGAUGCCGCCCAAACCUCUGGAGCCUCUGGCCAAAAAACUCAUGAAGGGAGUGAUCGCUCUGGAGCUGCUGGGCGUCUUCGGAGCGUACUCUCUGUUUCACAUGAUGAACAACAGUCAAGAUUUCAGGAGCACCGUGAAUCGGAGGUUCCCGUCAGUUCUGGAGGCAGUGUGUAACGUUCAUCAAAUGACCAGAUCCAAAAACCAGUUUCUGGUCCUGUCUCCUCCCAGUUUACUACCAGUCCAACGAGUGGGCGGGGGUCUACGGCACCCGAGAGAGUGACCACGAGGCCUGGUCAGCCAAACAGGACUGAGAGUGGCCAUCAGCUUGAAAGUCCACAAACACAUGGCGGCUGCUGCUACUUUUUCCUCUUCUUCUGCCCGAGCGUCUUGCCUCCUGUCCUGGCUCGACCAAACGUCUUCUUUUUGUUGAACAUGGUCUUCUUCCUGCGCAGCGUCUUGACGUCGCGGCCUUGGAUCCAGUCGUUGCGCUGAGACUCCCACUUCAACUGCUUCAGGCCUGCAGGGAUAAACAGGGAGUGGUGAUGACUUUAAGUCCUCCUAUCUAGUCUUGAUAUAUAUAUUUAAUGAAUGUAUUGUUUGUAAUUCGUCAACACUGCCUGCUUGGAGAGUAAAUGUGACCAAUAGAAUAAAGCCCUGGUUGACUGAGUUAAACUGAAAGUGUUAUUCAAACAAAGUCAACUAUUGUUCAACUGAUCUGUUUCUCUUUGUGGAGAAGUUAUUAAACCUGACUGGUAUCCAGCAAACUAAAUAA